UAAUGUAAAAUCGCUGUGGAGACCUGAAUACGGGGCUUACAUGAUUGAGGGCACUCCUGGAAAACCAUAUGGUGGCCUUUUGGCCCAUUUUAACAUAGUAGAGGCGAAUAUGCGGUACCGCAGAGAGGAAGCACAACAAUUACUCGGGCCGGACGAGGUGCUGAUGACCAUCACGAAUUUCCCCAGGCUUGGAUGUCCAGAGUUCACGUGGCCCGUGGAUCAGCCGACACCCAAGAUUGGCGCUUCGCGUUCGCUGUUCAUACCGGACUCGGCGAUUUACAAAGGACAUCCGAGGUUCUCUACGCUCACCAGGAAUAUACGGCAACGGAGAGGGGAGCGAGUGGCCAUAAACAUUCCGAUAUUCAAAGAUGAAAACACUCAGAAUCCGUUCGAAGAAGAUUUGAUUAGUAUCGGCGGGGAUGCGGACAGUUUGAACGCGGCAUUACCCGAUCACGUAUACAUGGAUGCCAUGGCAUUCGGCAUGGGCUGUUGCUGUUUACAGAUGACGUUUCAAGCAUGUUGUAUCAAAGAAGCCCGAACUCUUUAUGAUCAGCUCACUCCGCUGUGUCCAAUUUUGUUAGCAUUGACGGCGGCAUCGCCUGUAUUUCGAGGGUACUUAACAGACGUAGACUGUCGCUGGGAUGUGAUAUCACGGUCCGUGGACUGCCGCACGCGACAAGAAAGGGGAUUGGAGCCGUUGACCACAGACAAGUUCGUUAUACCCAAAUCGCGUUACGACUCUACCACGUUGUACCUAUCAAGCCAAGGAGAAAAGUUUAACGACGUGUCACUGGUAUACGACAAAACGAUCUACAACAAACUUAAGAGCGCCGACAUCGAUCAUCAGAUGGCUCAGCACGUAGCGCACCUAUUCAUCCGAGAUACUGUAUCUCUGUUUAACGAGAAAGUGCAUCAAGAUGAUACUGUCGAGAUGGAUCACUUUGAAAACAUACAGUCAACUAAUUGGCAGACAAUGCGGUUUAAGCCUCCGCCUCCUAAGUCAACAAUCGGUUGGCGCGUGGAAUUCAGACCAUGUGAAGUGCAACUAACCGAUUUUGAAAACGCCGCGAUCGUGUGCUUCGUCGUCCUACUCACUAGGGUUAUUUUGUCGUAUCAAUUAAACUUCAUCAUUCCCAUUAGUAAAGUGGACGAGAAUAUGUCAAAAGCUCAAAAGCGAUCUGCUGCUCUAACGGAGAAGUUUUGGUUUCGUAAAAACAUUGCUGCAUCUACAUCUAAACCCGCAAACGUUGACGUAAAUGGUUCCCACGACGAUGCCUCUUACACGACAAUGUCCAUAAACGAAAUCAUCAACGGAAAAAUGGGCGAAUUCCCCGGUCUCAUUCCGUUGAUUCACAGUUACUUGUCCAGUAUGGAGGUCGAUACAGACACGCAUUGCACCAUCCAACAGUAUCUAAAGCUCAUUUCACGCCGUGCGUCCGGCCAAAUCGAUACGACGGCUAGCUGGAUACGUCGGUUUAUCCAAGAACAUCCGUCGUACAAACGAGACUCCGUCGUUAGCAAUGAAAUCAAUUACGACUUAUUAAUGACGGCCGAUGGCAUCCAGUCCGGUCGCAUUUCUUGUCCUCGACUUUUGGGAGACUGUCUGCUGGCUAACUCUAAAACAAAGGAAACAAUACCGCCGGCCGUGCAAAAGGUAUAUUCUUGUACUCCGUAGAUGUACAUACUAUAUUGCUGUUAUCCUGUUUGUUCUAAUAUAUUUUAUGUACACCGUAAUUAUUCAAUAAUAAUUUUUGUGCUUUAUUGAAGUACCAUCAAUAACAAUGAAUAACACUAUGUUUUAUGAAAAUAAGAGUUUAUUUAAUACUUUACAUUUUUAUACUUUAUAUAUAGUAUGUAUAAUUGAGUAAUAAAAGUAACAUAAUAUACGUGAGAUAAAAUAGGGCAUAUUGGGAAUUAUUAGGAAAAAACAUUAUACCUAUAUUGUAUAAGGUACAAACACACACAUAUAAGUUACUUUUUUUUUAAAUGUUUAUUAUUUUAAUAUAUUAUUGUAUACUUUAAAAAAUAAAGUUAUUUGACAUGCUAGUCGCUGUCAUCAUUUAUAAAGUA